GCCGGAGUCUGCUCGAGUGCUCCAGUGCACAGUGGGUUUUGAUCCAUCCGCGAUCUCAAAGCACUAAAACGUUGGUUGUUAGCAUUGCCGAUCUGACAAUCGCGCGGUGUACUCGUGCUCGGAUCAUUAUUAUUAAAAUUACGUCGUAACAAUAACCAUUUUUGGACUCAUCAUCACUUUGAUCGUCUCAUAUCCCAGUUCGGACUUUUUAUUUAAUAGUUUUUUUUAAAAAUGUCAAUUAUUGCAUUUCGUAAUUCGAGCGCCCACUAACUGCCGGCUGAAGUGUUUGUUUACAUUUUAUGUGGACCAGUGACAGUUUUUUUCUUUUUUAGUUAAAGUUUAAUUUGUGCUGAAGGACGCAUCCCUCAAUUUGAGGGAUCAUUAUUAAUUAGUCAAAAUUAACGCAGCAAUAAUGAACUCAUAUUUUGAACAGAGUGGCUUCUACGGAGGCCACCAUCAUCAAGGUUCUGGCUCUGUAACUGGAGCUCACCAUCAUGACCCAGCUGCUGCUGCUGCGGCUUACAGAUCAUUCCCAUUAAGUUUAGGCAUGUCACCUUAUGCUUCCAGUCAACAUCAUCAUGCCGCACAUUCCUUACACCAAGCCAGACCGCCACAAGAUUCACCUUAUGACGCUUCCGUAGCCGCAACUUGCAAACUGUAUUCCUCAGAUGGCCAACAAAACAGUUACAGUAAUCCCACAACAAAAUCAGAUUGUUCAAAAGGCAACGCCGACCAAAACGGUUACGCGGCAGUGGUCGCGGCAUCAGCCGAAGCUGUUAAAAAUGCAUGGCAAAGUGCUACAACUGGAAGUGGUGCCAAUUUAGCAAAUAGUCUGGCUGGACCGGUAAGACCUUCAGCGUGUACACCCGAUUCCAGAGUCGGUUACGGAUCGUCCGGUUUGAUCGGAGGAGAUCCAUCAACGAGUCCCGGAGCAGCUUCAGGAACGAGAACUUCCAAUUCUUUAUCGUCUUGGAAUAAUCCAUGUUCGUUAAAUACCACUUCGACGCAACCGGUUGGUACGCAGAUUCAUCAACAGACGAACCACACGUUCUAUCCAUGGAUGGCAAUAGCAGGUGCAAAUGGUCUAAGAAGGCGGGGUCGUCAAACGUAUACGAGGUACCAAACGCUCGAGCUAGAAAAGGAGUUCCACACGAACCACUAUUUGACCAGGCGGAGGAGGAUAGAGAUGGCGCACGCCCUUUGCCUGACGGAACGACAGAUAAAAAUAUGGUUCCAAAACAGGCGGAUGAAACUUAAAAAAGAAAUACAGGCCAUAAAAGAACUAAACGAGCAAGAAAAACAGGCGCAAGCACAAAAAGCGGCGGCGCAAGCGGCCGCGGUAGCAGGACAAGUCGAUCAAAAUUAGUUAAUUCCCCCCAAUCCUGGUCCAUCCUGGUGAUAAUGAUGAAGGGAUACGGCUGAGUUCAUUUACUUAAAAGAUUUGGUAAAGUUCUGCAUCCACUUGGUCAAUACUACCAGAGUUCGCCUGUCACCCAAUCAUUCGAAGCCGUUUUCCAAAAAAAAAAAAUGUUCAACGAACUGCCCUCAUCCUGUCAAAGAAAAUAUACGUAAAACCCUCUGGGAUAAUAUAAUAUAAACUCGAAUAAAACCUGUGAAAAUGUGUAUACUAUUUAGUUUUUAAGGUUUUUAGAUUAAAUUAUAUAAUGUAUAAAAUAAUUUAUUGUUUAGUGGAGAUUGUGUAAUAAUAUAUUUUUGAAGUUUUGAUUGAAUGCAGCCAAAAAAAUGUAAUCGUCAUACAAAAGCCUAAAGGAACGAUAUACGUAAAAAAUACAUCCCUAUAUUAUUGUAUAAAGGUGCAAACUUAAGUUUGUAUAUAAGAAGAUCAAUAAGUUUAAGAAUAAUGAGGAAAAAUGUUCAUUAUCCAUUAUUCUUGAAAAUUAUUGCCCUGCGGUAUUGUGUAAAUUAAUACCUAUUUCUAGUGACUUUCAAAGAUUAUUAAUUCGUACUAAAGAUUCUUUUUGUAAUAGCAUAACUUUAUUAGUUAGUAGUGACGGCUGUACUAAAACCAUAACAUGAAAAAUCUUUAGGAAUUAGAACUAGCAAAAUUGAAAACGUUUUAAUUUGUUAUUUAUUUAUGCCGUAAUUACAUAAAACCAAUGGCCACACAUUGUAAAAAUUACCUUUGUAUAAAUAGACUUAAAAUGUUUUUAAGAAGAACCUCUUAGUAUGAAUUUAAAAGUAACGAAAAAGAGUGUACCUAAAUUACCGUUGUAGAUUUUAGGCCAAUAAAUAAUUUAGAUGUCGAUAUAAAAUUUAGUAUUAUUUUGUAUGUUUUAGAUUUAAUUUUAGAUGAUUCACUUACAUGAUCGUUAAAAACGAGAGUACAACAUUUGUAUACGUAAUAAUUGUACUAAAGAGUAUUAUAAAAUAGCUUGCAAGCCAGUAUGUUUGAAAGAAAAAUAUUAAAAAAUAUUGUAGAAGCUUUUUAUUGGUGUCCAAUUUGUAAAUAAAUUUUAUUAUAAUUCUUAUUGGCAUUUAUAAUAUUAGAAAUUUUAUUAUAAUAUUCUACAAUUUUUUUUUUGUACAUACGCUGUAAAAUUAUGAAAAAAAAAAUAGCCUAUAAGGAUAAAAUGUAUACUGUUUAUCUAG